GGGCGGUAAAUGGAAUUUCCGAAAUUUUACGUCAUUGAGCCUCGGCCUCAUCUAGGUUCAGAAACACAUUUAGUUAGAACAGUACAUUAGCGUGUUUCUAACGUUAUUUAUUUAUUUUAACCGAAAAUGGGAGAUCCUGUGGCUGAAUACUCGUCCCGACUUCAACAGCAGGAGCAGGAGAUCAAUUCCCUGACUGCUGAGAUCGAGAGCCUGAAGAACCCACAGAGCCUGGGCUUGUCCUCACACCUGGAUGGGCUGAGAGAGGAGAAUACCAAGCUCAAAUACCGCCUCAACAUCCUCAAAAGGAGUCUGCAGGAAGAGAGGAGCCAGCGCAGUAAGACCAUGAUGAACAUCAACCAGCGUCUUCAGGAGAUCUUUGGUGAGGCCAUCCGGGAGGCCUGGCCUGACCUGGAGAACCCUCCCCUGGCCGUCACCCCCAACCAGCAGGCCAAAUUUGGGGACUACCAGUGUAACAGCGCUAUGGCCAUGGCCCAGAUGAUGAAAUCAAAGGGCCUGAAAGUGAACCCCAGGGAGAUCGCUGAGAAGAUUCAGCAGAACAUUCCAGACAAUGAGCUCGUUGAGAAGACUGAAAUUGCUGGACCAGGGUUCAUCAAUGUUCACCUUAAGAGAUCGUUUGUGUCCAAACUGCUGACCAACCUGCUACUCAACGGUGUCCAACCUCCUCCCUUAGAGAGCAAGAAGAAGGUGGUUGUGGAUUUCUCAUCUCCAAACAUUGCCAAGGAGAUGCACGUAGGUCACCUGCGCUCCACCAUCAUCGGGGACAGCAUGUGUCGCCUGUUUGAGUUCCUAGGCUACGACGUGUUGAGGCUGAAUCAUGUGGGGGACUGGGGCACCCAGUUUGGCAUGCUCAUCGCUCACCUGCAGGACAAGUUCCCAAACUACCUGACCGUGUCCCCUCCCAUUGGAGAUCUGCAGGCAUUCUACAAAGAGUCUAAGAAGCGUUUUGACGAGGAGGAAGACUUUAAGAAGAGGGCCUACCAGUGUGUGGUCAAGCUGCAGAGCAAAGACCCAGCCUUCAUCAAAGGAUGGAACCUCAUCUGUGAUGUUUCCAGGAAUGAAUUCCAGAAGGUCUACAACUGUCUGGACAUCCAGAUCAUCGAGAGAGGAGAGUCCUUCUAUCAGGAGAAAAUGAUCGCCGUGGUCAAAGAGUUUGAGGCCAAAGGCCUGGUGGAGAUGGACGAGGGACGUAAGAUAGUGUUUGCCCCGGGCCAACAGAUCCCCCUGACGGUGGUGAAGUCUGACGGGGGCUACACAUACGACACUUCAGACCUGGCCGCCCUGCGCCAGCGGCUCUUUGACGAGAAGGCAGACAUCAUCAUCUACGUGACGGACAGCGGCCAGGGCACCCACUUCCAGGUGGUGUUUGCAGCGGCUCAGAUGAUUGGUUGGUACGACCCCAAGGUGACACGAGUGGAGCAUGCUGGCUUUGGAGUGGUGCUGGGAGAGGAUAAGAAGAAGUUUAAGACUCGGUCUGGGGACACGGUGAGGCUGAUGGACCUGCUGGACGAAGGCCUGAAGAGGUCCAUGGACAAACUCAAGGAGAAAGACAGAGACAAGGUGCUGAGCACAGAGGAGCUGACCAAGGCCCAGCACUCGGUGGCAUUCGGCUGCAUCAAGUACGCCGACCUGUCCCACAACCGCAUCAACGACUACGUGUUCUCCUUUGACAAGAUGCUGGAUGACCGGGGCAACACGGCCGCCUACCUGCUCUACGCCUUCACCCGCAUCAGGUCCAUAGCCCGGCUGGCUAACAUCGACGAGGUUGCGCUCCGUAAAGCAGCAGAGACCACGGAUGUGCUCCUGCAGCACGACAAGGAGUGGAAGCUGGGCAAGUGUCUCAUUCGCUUCCCUGAGAUCCUGCAGAAGAUCCUGGAUGACCUCCUGCUCCACACGCUGUGUGACUACCUGUACGAGCUGGCCACCACCUUCACAGAAUUCUACGACAGCUGCUACUGCAUCGAGAAGGACCGCCAGACCGGUGAGGUGGUGAAAGUGAACAUGUGGAGAAUGCUCCUGUGUGACGCCACUGCCGCCAUCAUGGCUAAAGGCUUCGACAUCCUGGGCAUCAACCCGGUCUCCAGGAUGUGACUUCAGUGACAUCACCAUGCUGUCCUCCCAACUCCUCAGACUACAAGAGGGGGGGGGGGACUCUUCAACCCAUUAAUGUCACCUGAGAUUUUACUGUAUACCAAAUAAAAAAUACUGCUUGUAAAAAGUUUUUAAAAAA